AUGGCUGUGGUGAAGGAUCAUGACACUGAUGAAAUUGGAAACGAGUUUCCACUAGGAAUGCGUGUUCUUGCUAUUGAUGAUGACCCAUUGAGCCUCUUCACUUUGCAGACUUUGCUCAGACGGUGUCAAUAUGAUGUAACCGUGAAAACAGAUGCAAUAUCAGCACUGAAGUUGUUGAAAGAAAAGAAAAGCAAGUUUGACCUGAUAAUCACCGAUGUCCAUAUGUCAGAAAUGGAUGGAUUUAAGUUGCUUGAACUCAUGCAACGUUGGAAUUUGAUGGACCAACCUGUCAUAUUGUCGUCUGAAGAUAAUGACCGAAAGAUAGUCAUGAAAGGAAUCAAACUUGGAGCUUGUGCUUUUUUGGCAAAACCUCUUAGAAUCGAGGAGCUGCAAAACAUAUGGCAGCAUGUACUUAGGAGGAAGAAUAUUGUCCCAAAGAAGCAUGAUAAAGAUUACCACAAUGACUAUGAGGAGCCCAAGAUACGUCAUAACAAAAUGGAUCCCUCAACAUCAACAUCAACCCAGAAGAAGUCUCGAGUUAUUUGGACCGAAGAGCUUCAUCAUAGUUUUGUUGCUGCUGUUAUUAAGCUAGGGGUUGACAAGGCAGUACCUAGAAAAAUUCUUGAAUUGAUGAAUGUUGAGAAGCAACUUACUAGGGAGAAUGUGGCCAGCCAUCUCCAGAGAUAUAGACUUCGUCUGAAAAGGAUUAGCUCUAAGUCAACCCAACAAGUUGAAUCCUUGCAAUGGGGGAAUCAGAGUAGCAUUCCAAAUACUUCUGGGGAAACAAAUUUUCAAGGAAGGGAUCACCAAAAUCAGAAUGACACUAACCCUUCAGAUGUUAUCUGUAGCUCAAUAGACUCCCAGAUUCCCUUGAAUGGUGUUGUUGAUUCAGAAGAGCAUAGUCCAAUAAACUCAACUUUCAAUGGAGAUUGGGACUUUGAUUUUUUGUGA